AUUAAUUUUAAAUCAAUUUAAUUUUCUAUUCCUGAAGAGGAUGGAGUGGCUUCUGGUUUAAACAGAGUAUAACCAGUCAAGAUGGGUGCGGCAUCCGACGGCUGGCGUGCCCGUAUCGACGCCUGUCGGGAGUCGAGGAAGCUGGUGCUGGUCAUCUUAAACCUUAUCCUACUUCUCCAGAACUUGUUGCUUUAUUCAAUUUUGCCAAUAAUCCCGGAGUUCCUAUACGAUAUACGUCACCCUGACGCGCCCCUGUCAAUGUCCCUGGAUGACGUCACAGUGCCCCCGCCCCCGCCGACACCUUACUGCCCUUGUAUGGAGAAGAACACGACGGUCGUUUAUGAAAAUGUCACCCAUUUGAACUUAACAGCAGAGAGAGAGGAACGUCACAAGGAACUGAUUCAUGAGACGGUGGCAGUUGGCGUGAUGUUCGCCAGCAAGGCGAUAGUGCAACUCAUCGCUAAUCCAUUCGUAGGACCACUUACACACAGAAUCGGUUACAGCGUGCCCAUGUUUACUGGAUUCAUUUUAAUGUUUCUAUCAACAUUAAUCUUCGCAUUCGGUCGUUCUUAUAGCGUUCUGUUUAUUGCUCGAGCACUCCAAGGUAUAGGGUCCUCCUGUUCUUCAGUUUCUGGAAUGGGAAUGCUGGCUGAAAGAUACCCUGAUGAUAAGGAGCGUGGCAACGCAAUGGGCAUAGCUCUAGGAGGUCUAGCGUUGGGGGUCCUCAUCGGCCCUCCGUUCGGAGGUCUGAUGUACGAGUUCGUCGGGAAGACCGCGCCUUUCCUGAUGCUGUCUGCUCUCGCGUUGGGAGAUGGAUUACUGCAGCUGAUGAUCCUGCAGCCGGGCGUGGUGCGGCAGGAGUCGGAGCCGCCUUCGCUGCGCGACCUCGUCACCGAUCCUUACAUCCUGGUAGCUGCUGGAGCGAUAACUUUCGCCAAUGUGGGUAUCGCAAUGUUGGAGCCGAGUCUGCCCAUCUGGAUGGCAGACACGAUGGAGGCGCGGCGCUGGCAGCAGGGAGUCGCGUUCUUACCGGCCAGCAUCUGCUAUCUCAUUGGUACCAAUUUAUUCGGACCCCUCGGACAUAAGAUGGGUCGUUGGCUCGCAGCUCUUUCUGGACUGAUCAUCAUUGGAUUAUGCUUAAUUCUGAUUCCGAUGGCACGUAAACUGGAGCAUUUGAUAAUUCCCAAUGCUGGUCUGGGCUUUGCUAUCGGAAUGGUGGACUCCUCAAUGAUGCCGGAGCUUGGGUUCCUGGUUGACAUCCGUCAUGCUGCGGUAUACGGAUCGGUUUAUGCUAUUGGAGAUACUGCCUUCUGUUUGGGAUAUGCUGUUGGUCCUGCGUUCUCCGGAGCUUUAGUGAACAGUAUUGGCUUCGAGUGGAUGUUAGUGAUCAUAGCGCUGCUGAACUUCGCGUACGCGCCUUGUCUACUGAUGCUGAGGUCUCCGCCCGCGAGAGAUGAGAAGCAGAGUUUGAUAAUAAGCGACAAAUCUUCUGUACGUUACGUGACUUAUCAGAACGAAGAAGAGGAGUAGACGCCAUUUCGAUGUCCGCCAUCUUGGAACCCGCCCGUUUCUAACUUUUUAAUCCAGCGAAAAUACUAGAAAGAUAUAUUAAGGUAAAAAUAUAUG